CGGAGAGAAGCGCUCUGCACAGCCAUGGCCGCUCCUCGCGACAGGGUAGCGCACUUGCUGAGGCAACUGCAACGCGCAGCAUGCCAGUGCCCAAGUCAUUCUCAUACUUACUCCCAAGCUCCUGGACUUUCACCUUCUGGGAAAACAACAGAUUAUGCCUUUGAGAUGGCUGUUUCAAAUAUUAGAUAUGGAGCAGGAGUUACAAAGGAAGUGGGCAUGGACCUACAAAACAUGGGUGCUAAAAAUGUUUGUUUGAUGACAGACAAGAACCUCUCCCAACUCCCUCCUGUACAGACAGUGAUGGAUUCCUUCGUGAAGAAUGGCAUAAACUUUAAGGUUUAUGAUAAUGUGAGGGUGGAACCAACCGAUAGAAGCUUCAUGGAAGCUAUUGAAUUUGCCAGAAGGGGAGCUUUUGAUGCCUACGUGGCCAUGGGUGGCGGCUCCACCAUAGACACCUGCAAAGCCGCUAAUCUGUAUGCAUCCAGCCCUGACUCUGAUUUCCUGGACUACGUCAAUGCUCCCAUUGGGAAGGGAAAGCCUGUGACUGUGCCUCUUAAGCCUCUGAUUGCAGUCCCAACUACCUCAGGAACUGGGAGCGAAACUACUGGAGUUGCCAUUUUUGACUACGAACGCUUGAAAGUAAAAACUGGUAUUGCUUCGCGAGCCAUCAAACCUACACUGGGCCUGAUCGAUCCUCUGCACACCCUGUACAUGCCUGAGCGGGUGAUCGCCAACAGUGGCUUCGAUGUGCUUUGUCACGCCCUGGAGUCCUACACUGCCCUCCCGUACCACAUGCGGAGCCCCUGCCCUGCAAAUCCCAUCACUCGGCCAGCCUACCAGGGCGGCAACCCCAUCAGUGACAUUUGGGCAGUCCACGCGCUGAGGAUCGUUGCUAAGUACCUGAAGAGGGCUGUCAGAAAUCCUGACGAUCUUGAAGCAAGGUCUAAUAUGCACUUGGCAAGUGCUUUUGCUGGCAUUGGCUUUGGAAAUGCUGGUGUUCAUCUGUGCCAUGGAAUGUCUUACCCAAUUUCAGGCUUAGUGAAGACAUAUAAAGCAAAGGAUUAUAAUGUGGAUCACCCACUGGUGCCCCAUGGCCUUUCUGUGGUACUCACCUCCCCAGCAGUGUUCACUUUCACGGCACAGAUGUCUCCCGAGCACCACCUGGAGAUGGCAGAGAUAUUGGAAAGGGAAAAGCUAAAAAGAAAACUGCAUUAUGCUCCUCUAGCUCGAGCCGUUGGAGAGAGUAGUUCCAAGAAGGAAAACCUGGAGCUUUGGAUGGCAGCAAUCCCGGGAACAUAAGAACCUCAUAAACCCCGUAUCAUGUGUCACCCUCCACUUAAUCCAUAUUUGAGCUGCCGCUGUGUAAUACAGACUGGCCUUGUCGGGCAAGUUUUACCUUCCAUCCAGCUGCUCUCCCAACUAGCUCUGUAUCUGGUUCUAUUUAUACCUUUUCCUGGAUAACAUAAACAGGUCGCUGUCAGAGAACAGAAAGGCUAAAACUGAUUUAAUAAGAUACUUCAGUAUGGAGUGAACCAUACCUUCUAGUCUCUUUUUGACCUAUACAGAGAAAGUGGACUUGGACUACAGCAUGAGGCAUUUUGGAUAAUAAAUAAAUAAUGCUACCUUCUGACUGCGGCACGUCCCGGCGAUGAAUGUGUCCAACCAGAAUAGAUGGGGCCGUGGGGCGUGGGUGCUAAGGGUUUAGGAUUGAUUCCCUUCAUCUGGGAACUUUCACUGCCACCCUACCUGAGGGCAGAACCCCCUUGCUCUUCCAGAUUGACAUCUCUAUGCUUUUGUGUAUUAAUUAGUAAUUAUGUCCAAAUUCUGCCCUUACGAAUCUCCAACCCCUGGCAACCUUCUUCCUCAUUCACCGAUAUCAUUAUUAUCUACAUGUUAAAUACUGCUUUCUAAGAGUCUCCUUAUUCUUAAUUCUGCCUGACAGGUUGUAUAAUAUACAUUUAGAGGGACCUGCCCUUUGGCAACAGGGUCCAAAAAAGUUUUCUAGCUAGAGAGAGGAAAUAUACUCCUUCCCUGGCCACACCUAAUCCAUUUUUGUCAUUUUCCUCCUUUUUGGCAGUUAAUGUUGGAGUUUUUUGAACUUCUGUAGAUCCUUGUCUCACAAGGUGUUUGCAAAGGGUUUGUCUUCUCCUAAGCUAUCGCCUUGAGAAAGGACAUUGAAUGUGUAGACCUCUAGAUGUCAGCAAAUUCCAAGCCUUGAAAGUUACAUAAGCUGUGUUUUCUCCUACAGAUGCUCAUUCCUCCUCAUCCAAACACCAGCCUUCUUUCUUGGUCUCCUUCCUGUGCCUCUUUUCUGGGCCGUUUCUCUUCUUCCCACCACACAGAGGGCGAGCAGCCCACUGGAAAUGUGAGAGCCAAGUUAGCGCCCCCUCCUCCCCGCUCUCCGACUUCUCUAUGGAGGCUCUGGGGGCUCCCAGGAUGGCCUGUCUUCUGCGGGGCUGACAGCUGAGCCGGCGUCCCGGCUGGGGGCACAGCGGUGCCCUUGUCCUCAGUGUGAGGGGCCGGCAGCAGGUUAUGUAUUCAGCUACCCUGUGACUGAAUCACACCCAGGGCCAGCUUCCUCCCCUCUACAGUCAGUGCUUUGUGUCUUCCAGGAGCCGACACCCGCACUGCCAGGAUCCCAGAUGCUGGGCCUGUUUUGGCAGACACGCUGCGGAAAUUCUUAUUCGAUCUGGAUGUGGAUGAUGGCCUAGCUGCCAUUGGCUACUCCAAGGCCGACAUCCCUGCAUUAGUGAAAGGAACAC